UGCAGACAAGCUUCGCCUCGGGCACCGCGUGCUUUAUCGCCUGGCCACAAAGCAAGGAAUCCAAAGCAAAGGCAACGGCCAAGUUCGCAGCCAGGGUUACAGCCAAACCACGGCGAUCCGCCGAUCCUAUUAUCCCAAAACCACAACACAAGAACGGGAAGCGUGCAUGCACACGCACGAGCACGAACCUGAGCUGUAGCGCCCUCUCGCUCGCUCCCCGCGCGCAAUGGCCAGCGUAGCCCCAGGUCCCAUGCAAACCAGCCAUGCCUCACGGCGGCCGAUCCCUACAGCUACAGGCCCCGUGCCCGUGGCCGUGCUUCUCGCCGCCGCCGCCGUCGGCCUCCUCGCGCUGCUGCCGUCGCUGGCCGAGGCCGUGUGGGAGGUGCCGCACCUCUUCCUCCUCGGCGCCGUCAUCUCCUUCGGCGUCUUCACGCAGAGGAACAGCGACGCCGACGGCCGCAACAAGGACAGCUCACUGGCGUGGAGCGCGCGGUGCCACCCCGAUGCCCCCCUCGUCGUGAUCGCGGAUCACACGGCGCCGAGCGACGACGACGACAACGACGACUACGGGCUGGAACUGGAAGAAGGCGCACGAGAGACGCCGCUUUCGUUGCCGGUGCGGAGGCUGAAGCCUGCGCCUGCGCCUGUGGCGCAGGAGUCCGAAACCGCCGGCGGCCAUGCCAGCGAUGGUUUCGGUGAGGAGACGACGGAUAGCCGUGCUGCGUCUCCGUCUUCGGGGUUUAGGGCCGGCACGCGCGCCGUCCCUUCGCCGCCGCCCUCUGCUCUUGACGACGACGACGACCGGGGCGUUUCUCAGCCUGCACGGCCGCUCUUCAGAAAGGCCAGCACCGACUGGGAUGUGGACGCCGCCGCCGACGACGGGUCGUCCGACGAGAUGACACCCGUGUCGUCAGAAAGGUCGUCGGUCCGUGCCGACUUCGCCGCUUGUGCCAGUGGCUAUAGCGAUAGCGACAGCGAUGGCGACGGCACGCCUGUGGAUUUGAAGCUGGCGGAGAAGGCGGAGGCGGGCGGGGAGGAGGAAGUGGACCGGAAGGCCGACGAGUUCAUCGCCAAGUUCAGGCAGCAGAUCAGGCUCCAGAGGCACUAGCUGGGCGGCCAUGCAUGGCGUGGCGUGUGCAUGCUCUGCUGAGUCCUGAGCUGAGCAUGCACCGACACACAAAUUACAAAUACCACUGCUGGUGCUGGUCCAGCACGAAGGGAGAACGCAGCAGUAGUUUGUUCAUCUACGUCUAUGACACCAGCAUGUUUCCUGUAUCAUUUUGCUGUUUUUUUUUUUUGGGUUGUUGCUCCGGUUUCAACAAGGAGCCGGAAACAUGUUUUCUGUAUCGUUUUAGGUCUUUGUUCGGUUAAUCCUAUUACCUAUGAAUUGGAUGAGAUUGGAAAAAUUAAGAAAGAACUUUGACUUGUUUGGAAUUUAAACUCACUCAAUCUCACUCAAUCCACAUGGAUUGAGAGCU